GGAAUUCUCUAAUUGGCUGAGUCCUUGAAGUCCCGUUUACAGAGAUAAUACCCAUGCCCGCUCCCAUUUUCAUAAGUCCUAACUGCCUUAACUACGAUCUGGAGAUCUUACCGGAGCUAACAUGGCGAAAUCAAAGUUUCAAUCUAUCGCAGUGCUCGUAAUCCUCUUAGGAACCCUAGCAGUUCUCUCUCAGGCCAAAAAGUCUCAAAAGUCACAGAAGAGUUUACAAGAAGUUACUCACAAAGUGUACUUUGAUGUUGAUAUUGAUGGAAAACCUGCUGGCCGUAUUAUCAUUGGCCUCUUUGGAAAAACAGUUCCUAAAACAGCAGAAAACUUUAGAGCAUUAUGUACAGGUGAGAAAGGCAUUGGAAAGAGUGGCAAGCCUCUGCAUUUCAAAAGUAGUAAAUUCCAUAGAAUUAUCCCUAGCUUUAUGAUUCAAGGUGGCGACUUUACCCAUGGUAAUGGCAUGGGCGGAGAGUCGAUUCACGGGGAAAAGUUUCCCGAUGAAAAUUUCAAGCUCAAGCACACUGGCCCAGGAAUUCUUUCAAUGGCAAAUGCUGGUCCUGACACCAACGGUUCACAGUUCUUUAUCACUACUGUCACAACCAGCUGGCUGGAUGGAAAGCAUGUUGUUUUUGGGAAGGUGUUAUCUGGGAUGGACGUGGUAUAUAAAAUUGAAGCAGAAGGGAAGCAGAGUGGUGAGCCUAAUAGCAACGUUGUAAUUGCAGACAGUGGUGAACUCCCACUAUGAGUUAUUUUUGAGUUUGUUUAGCAGCAAAGCCUGUGGCAUUUUUGUAGUGCCACUUUAAAUUACUACUUACCGUUCCAAAUAUGUGCUACUUGCGGCAUGGAAUUGAUCAGCUACCAUUUUGAUUUAAUUAAGCCUGAUAAAGUUAAAUGGUCGUUGUAAUUUGGGAGAACUAUCAAAUAAGCCCCCGAACUUUCAUAAAGAGUGCAAAUAAGCCCUUUUACAGGAGAUUUUGUCCGGCUGUCAACAUUUGGGGUGGUUUCCGAUGAAAUUUUUUGAUGAAGUGUUUUGAGCAUCUUCUUCAUUAAGUCUAGUUUAUCCAUAUCAAAUUUCAGCUAAAAAUUCAAUCGAGAAGGCAAUCAAAUGAUUUUUUGAAAUAUACUAACUGCGCAGUUGUCUUCAAAAAUUCAUUUGAUUGCCUUUCCGAUUGAAUGUUUAGCUAAAAUUUGGUAUGAGUAAACUAGACUUAAUGAAGAAGAUGAUCAAAAAAAUUUAUCAAAAAAUUCCACCGGAAACCGCCCAAAAUAGAGACGGCCGGACAGAGUCUCCUAUAAAAAAGGUUUAUUUGCAUUUUUUAUGAAAGUUCGAGGGCUUAUUUGAUAAUUCUUUCUUGUAAUUUUUUGAAGUAAAUUAUAUUUUGGUCGGUACUCGGUAGCUUUUUAAGGAAAAUAGCUAAUCUAUUAUUAUCUAUUAUUAUUAAUGCAAAGUAUUGUUUGCCAAAA